AUGUUAUUAAAAAAUGAUGCAAAACGUCAUCGCUUAUUAGUUUUAUUUCAUUCAAUUGAUAGUAUAACAUUUUUAAUACGUUUUAUUAUUAUCUGUACAGAUUUAUCAGCUGAUACUGGAAAUAUAACAAAUUAUUUAAGUGGUAGCCGUCGUUAUUUAAUACCAAUAUUAUUUGUUGAAUUAUUUAGUUCAUUUAUUUUAUUUCUCGCCGAUUUACUUUAUGUCAUAUUAAAAUACGUUGGUGACAUAUUUUAUGAAACAGAUCGCGAUGAUAUAUGUAACGAACGAAGAUAUUUAUGGCCAUUGGCUACAUUAACCUGUUUUAAAAAGAUUGAUUGUUAUUAUGAUAAUCCAAGAUGGAUCUUAUUAACAAGAAUUUGGAUUUUAAUUGGUUUUUGGUUAUUAAGGUUUAUUGCAGUUAUAUUAGCAUGCGCAUGUGGAAAUCAAUAUGCACCAAGAGGGCAUGCAAUUAAUCAUACAGAAACAAAAGCACAUUAUUUUGGUGCAUAUAUAUGUGUUAAAGUUAAUUUAGGACGAAUAUUUCUUACAAAAGUAAGAGGCGUAAAAUUAACUGAAGAACAAAGAGUAAAUUUUGACUCGGUUUAUUUUCAACAUCCAAAUGGUGUAGAUGAGUUUUGUGUUUUACGUCCAGAACAGAUUUUAUCAUGGGUUAUAACGGUGAAUCAAGACGCUGAUGUGACAAAUCAAUAUGAAGAACCAAGAACAGAUAAUAUUACUGAUCGGUUUGAUGAACGAGUGUAUGAAGGAUGUUUUUAA